AGAGUCCGGGCGGAGAGGGGACCCUGGAGGUACGGAGGGUCCUUGGGCUCCGUGGCGGCAGCAGCAGCAGCGGCGGCAGCAGCAACGGAUCAGGCUAUUAACACAUUGGAGAACAGAAUGUUAAUGCUUGAUGGGAUGCCUGCAGUCAGAGUCAAAACGGAGCUGCUGGAAUCAGAACAAGGGUCUCCCAACGUUCAUAACUACCCAGAUAUGGAAGCUGUGCCCCUCUUGCUGAACACCAUGAAGACAGAGCCAGAAGAAGACGCCUUGUGCACGGAUCAUUUCCAGACGCAGACAGAGCCAGUGGACUUGUCCAUCAACAAAGCCCGAUCCUCCCCUCUUGCCACCUCGUCUUCACCAGUAUCAAUCACAGCCUCUGCGUUGUCCCCCUCUUCAACUUCAACGUCUUCUAGUCGGCCAGCUUCGUCCCCAACGGUCAUAACCUCAGUGGCAUCGGCAACAUCGGCCCCAUCGGUAUUAACUCCAGGUCCUCUUGUGGCAUCUGCCUCUGGUGUUGGAGGGCAACAAUUUUUGCACAUAAUCCACCCGGUUCCACCUUCGAGCCCCAUGAACCUACAGACCAACAAAAUGAGUCAUGUCCACCGGAUUCCUGUGGUGGUGCAGUCGGUACCGGUGGUCUACACUGCGGUGAGAUCACCAGGGAAUGUCAACAACACUAUAGUAGUACCACUACUAGAAGACGGGAGAAGUCAUGUCAAAGCACAAAUGGACCCUCGUGGCCUGUCUCCCAGGCAGAUUAAAAGCGACAGUGACGAUGAUGACCUGCCUAAUGUGACUUUGGAUAGCGUGAAUGAGACUGGAUCCACGGCCCUCUCAAUAGCCAGAGCUGUUCAAGAGUAA